UCUUCCCCUUGCUGCUGCACUGUCUUUCACAAUAUCCCGCCCAUUUCGUUUCUGCCGGGGGCAUGGUCAUCCGGCCAAUGCUGGGGGGGCCUGCAGAAAAGAAAAGAAAAAAGGGAAGAACGCCGCCGGCAAACGAUGCUUCUAGAGCUUCAGCUCGGACCUCUCAUCCUCGGUAAUGCUCGUUAUUACCGCUAUUAAUGCUCUCACGGCCUGGUUCACACGAGCACCGCUUGCUUGGUGGACGAGUUUGGCGGUAUCCGCAUUAGGGGUCGAAAUCGCAUUAGGGGUCGAAAUCACGAUUCCACAGACGGACCGUCAAACGACACCCGACAGACAUCACUGUUACAUCUGGACUACCACAUUGCAAUCGACGCCCUCGUCAGCGUCGGGCAACCGAGAUAUUGGCAUUCGUCUUGUCGCCGUCUUCCGGACAAGUUCGGCAUGCUCCUCACUCAUUUUAUCACAAGCAUCCCCCAUGCCGCGCCGCCUGCGGGGUCCGUCGUCAAGCCGCCCGCCCAACUUCCCUGAAUCAGAGCAAUCAAUACUUUCUACACUAUAAAUCCCUUGUCCCUUGGCUGAAGGCCCAGUGGAUUAGCUGCACAUUGAUCGCCUGCCAUCCCAUCCACUGCAACCAUCACUAACCUAACUUGAGCAGGACUGGAAACUACGCUCUGUCCUGCCUUGCUAGUCUAUGUGCGUGCACCGCCUUGAGCAACAGGAAUAGAAGCAAAACCAGGGCCAGAACCUCCCCGCGUGG